ACAAAACUCACCCCGACACACCAUUUUCUACACCCAGAUCCCGACAUGGUGGUUCAACCACUCCUCCAUCGCCCUUCCAUCCUCCGCCUUAUUUGACGCUAGGUUUUAGUACCACACGACGAACUCUGAUGCCCUUGCUCAGACCAGCCUCAGCCAUAACAACGCUCUGGCGCCUUCGCAAUGGACAACUGACUAGCCCACUGGACCCUACGGUCACCUCCACCGAGACUGUUGAAAAGAACAUCAUCUCUUCCGCAUUCUCUUGCCUGGGAUUUGGGCUUGGAAUCUUUGAAUUCAACGGAACCACUCGGAUCCUACUGCCAUCCACAAGUGCCUCUCUGCCGGGGUCGCCACCCUGUCGGCGAGCAUUCCAUCCCUUUGUUCUCGGAGUACUCGGAAUGCGAUUCUUGCCCGGAGAAGGAAGAAUGUCGUGAGGUGCAAAGGCACAGGAGUAACAUAACGCAAAUACACGAGUCAAGAAAGCUGGUCUGAAUGGCCGGCCGUGCCCGGAAACCGAAUCCGCAGCGUGCAUGAACAAAGUUCCCACUGGGAGGUGCCCUCCAAGGUUUAAGUGGCUUUCCCUGUCAGCCAGAGGAGGAGCUGAGCAAGGCAGGGUACAUCGUUCUAGCAAAGUGCUCCAUACAGAAUCCGGCCAUUCCUUCUGCAUGGCUCCAGGUUGGCGCAAUGCCACGUUGGCUGACCAAGACCAAACGAUGCGAUCGCGGCUAUACGUGAAACGGUGUGACGCUGACGGGUCUAGAGAGGCAUGCGACAGGUACCUAGUACUGCAUAGAUGGAGCCUUGAACGUCAGCCCUACCGAGACUCGCAGCUGUGGGAGGCUAGGAGAAUACGAGCGCAGGUCGAAGGAUGGCGCCUUAUAUGGAGACCACGAGCCUUGCUUAUUAUCUCGUCCUGUCUAGGGUCCUUUGAGUCGGAUUUCCACCGAGGGGUUGUUGACGCCCGGAUUGCUUCUUUGGCCUAUGUAUCACACAUCGCAGACCUGACCAACGACAGACGUAUCUGAACGAUUGUCAGGCCCAGCCCUCAGCGACUCGAUGUACCAGGU